UGUCCUUGCAUCGGCAACCUGGAGCAAUCACAGGAACAGUGUAAAACCAUGUUCUAUCCGCUGCAAUCCCAAUUCGAGGAUGGUGUAAUUGAACUAACUCGGUCGGAAAUGCUCCAGCAAGAUUCGCUGGCACUAGCAGACAAUAAACACUUUGUCGUAUCGCUGUCCCUGGGCAAUACGCUCAUCAAUCUCAACAAAAUCAAGUGUCCACAAUGCCGAAAGCGUUUUGAUACAAUGGAGGAGAUGGAACAGCACCGGACCAAGCAUUUGACGGAGAACAAGUUUAAGUGCGAGAUUUGUAGUAAAGAAUUUCCCAGCCAUAGUUCGAUGUGGAAGCACACCAAGGCACACACCGGUGAACGUCCUUUCGUGUGUCAGAUUUGCAACAAAGGCUUCACCCAGCUGGCCAACCUGCAACGACAUGAUCUCGUCCACAAUGGACUUAAACCGUUCAAGUGUCCGAUUUGUGAGAAAUGUUUUACGCAACAAGCCAACAUGCUGAAACAUCAACUACUUCACACCGGACUUAAACCAUACAAAUGUCCGGUGUGCGAAAAAGCAUUCUCUCAACACGCAAACAUGGUCAAACAUCAAAUGCUUCAUACAGGUUUGAAGCCUUACAAGUGUCCCGUUUGCGAAAAAGCAUUCACCCAACACGCCAACAUGAUAAAGCAUCAAAUGUUACAUACUGGUCUUAAACCCUACAAAUGUCCUGUUUGUGAGAAAGCCUUUACCCAGCAGGCAAACAUGGUGAAACAUCAAAUGUUGCACACCGGCGUUAAACCGUACAAAUGUUCCACCUGUGGAAAGGCAUUUGCCCAGCAGGCCAACAUGGUUAAGCACGAGAUGCUUCAUACCGGUAUUAAACCGUACAAGUGUCCCACCUGUGACAAGGCAUUUGCCCAGCAAGCAAACAUGAUGAAACAUCAAAUGUUGCAUACGGGAUUAAAACCGUACAAGUGUGGUACAUGUGACAAAGCGUUUGCCCAGCAGGCCAAUAUGGUUAAACAUCAGAUGCUUCAUACCGGUUUAAAACCGUACAAAUGCAAUACCUGUGGCAAGGCAUUCGCACAGCAGGCCAACAUGGUUAAACACGAGAUGCUUCAUACCGGGAUAAAACCAUACAAAUGUUCGGUGUGCGAUAAAGCCUUUGCCCAGCAGGCCAACAUGGUUAAACAUCAGAUGCUCCACAGCGGAAUCAAACCAUACAAAUGUCCAACUUGCGAUAAAGCAUUUGCUCAACAGGCAAACAUGGUUAAGCAUCAGAUGCUCCAUACGGGGGAGAAACCAUUCAAAUGCAAAACCUGUGAUAAGGCAUUCUCUCAAAAUGCCAACCUGAAAAAGCACGAAAUGGUCCAUCUCGGCAUACGGCCCCACACCUGCCCACUGUGCCCGAAGUCCUAUUCGCAGUAUUCGAACCUGAAGAAACAUCUGCUCAGCCAUCAGAAGCAGGCGAUCAAGCAGGAGCAGCAAAACGGUCAGGUGAUGGCCAUUCUCUACAGCUGCCAGACGUGCAAGAUGCAGUUCGAGGAUAUCAUCGAGUUUGAGCGGCACACGCGACAUUGUGGCAUCAACAGCGUUCAGCAGCACGGUGUCAAGCUGGAAAACAUCAAGAGCGAGAUAGACAUCGACGGCAGCUCGAACUCGGGGAUGCAGCAACACAUCAACACCACCACCAAUGGUAAUGGUCCAGCGAAUGGUGCGAACGGUAUUAGCGUUAGUCAAUCGCAACCGCCCACCCCGAUGCAUCUUCCUUCGGCCAUCCUCACCUCAGUCAUUUCGUCGUCGGUUGGUUCGAACGUAACUGCACACAAUCUACCACCGGCGGCACACUCUCAUCAUGGGCAUGUGACGUCGAACGGUGGCAUACUGUCCGGCAUACCGACCGGCCAUCCACAUGCUCAACAACAACACACUCCACCGGGUGUUGGUCUUCCACAGCAUCCUUCCGCUCAUGCUCAACAACAGCAGCAGCAGCAACAACAGCAACAAGCACAUCAACAGCAGCAGCAGCAACAACAAGGACAUCCACAACAGCAGCAGCAACAACUGUCACCGCUCGGUAGCCACCAGCAGCAUCUCGUACUGCAACAGCAGCACAACCUUCCGAUCCAUCUGCAGCAGCAACUGUCGCACCAUCUGAUCAGUUCGCAUCUGCCCCACCCGCAGGACCACGGUGCGUCCGGCGAUCUGCACCAUCAGGUGAACUUCCACCAUCCGCACAUCUCCCAUCUGCCCAACAUAUCGCACAAGAUCCUGUCGCCCCUGUUCCACAUUCCGCCGUUCAACAACAAUCACAGCACAUAAUGGAACGCUUGCAAGGGACCCACGAUACGGCCGUCGGCGUCGGUUGCCGUUGAUGCGGCAGCCGGCAGCAACCCGUCGCCGGCCGGUGUGUCGUCCCUUAUGCCGAACGUGUCACCGAUGAUGUUACCAUUUGUGGUGAAGGCGGAAAAGCCGGAUGAGGAAAAUGGUACCGUC